AUGCAAUUGCAGCUUAAUCUCCAUAUGGACAUUGUUAUGAUAGUCUUGCCAUCGAUUGGUUGCAGGAUCCUGGCAGACAAUAAUUUCAAUGGAUCCCUACCAGCAUCUUUGAAAGGCAAUCAACAUAUAAAACUAAAUAUAAAUGGAAACAACAUUACUAGAGACAACCCAUUGCCUACACAUGGUGAAAGAAAUAUGAAGCAGAUCAUCAUUGGAGUAUCAGUUGGCUCAGUUAUCCUAUUUCUAUUGCUAGUUGGUUGUGUCUUCUAUGCAUGCCUUCGAUUCCCACAUCCCAGGCCAUCACCUCAUCUUGUGAUGGAAAAUAAUGUAGUGAAUCUUGGAAAGCAACAGGCUCGUUGUAUUCAGUCAGGGCCAAGCCAUGUAUUCACAUAUGAAGAGAUUGUGAAGAUCACAUGUAACUUUGGAAUCCUUAUUGGUGAGGGAGGAUCUGGCUCUGUUUAUUAUGGCCGCCUUGAUAAUGGCAAUGAAGUUGCAGCCAAGGUAUUGAAAAAUUUGCAGCAACAAGGAUCUAAACAGUUUGUUGCAGAGGUCAAAUUGUUGAUGACAGUGCACCAUAGAAACCUUAUUUCAUUUAUUGGAUUUUGUGAAGAGGACAAUAAUAUGGUUAUCCUCUACCAGUACAUGCAAAAUGGAACCUUGAGAGACCUCUUAUCAGGCAAGAAAACCAUAACAGAACCUUUAACAUGGAUAAGGCGGCUGAAAAUGGCUUUGGAUGUUGCAACAGGUACUACGAAGCAAACAUUCUCUCCAAAAAGAGUGACAUUUAUAGCUUUGGUGUGGUUCUUUUUGAGCUUAUGUGUGGUCGUGCAGCCAUAUUUGGCAGUGCUGACGAGUGUUCUCGUAUUGUUCAAUGGGCAACUUCGAAGAUUGUUAAGGGCGAUAUAGAGAGCAUUGUCGACCCAAGAAUUAAAGGGCAGUACAAUAAAUAUUCGAUGUGGAAGGCUGCAGAGAUAGCAUUAGCAUGUACUGCACGGAGAUCCGCUGAGCGGCCAGACAUGCAUGAUGUUCUGAUUGAUUUGAAUCAGGCAAUGAAGAUGGAGAUGGAGAUUGAUCACCAAGAAUUCGGUACUUCGGGGACAGAUGUGAUGACUAAUUAACUGUCUUCAACUGAAACAUCUGCCUCAAGACCAAAUCUCUCAGGACAACUAUAUUUGUAAGGUAGGAGUUCAUGUUGACAUCAACAUCAUAAAAG